AUGAAUCAAUGCUGCACACAUCACAAAGAUACAUGCUCUCAGAUGCCAGGGCGCAUGCCAGCAAGACUUAUUGACGUUCUUCCAACCCAUCCACAGCUGGUAGAGACACACCAGCGCCAUCUCAAAUACGCAGCUUUAAGCUACUGCUGGGGUAUUCCGUCAGGGUCAAAUCCACAUCUCAAAAUGCUUAGUAGCAAUUAUGAGAAACAUCAGUGCGGGAUCCCGAUCGACAAGAUGCCGAAAACCCUUAGCGAUGCAGUCAGUGUGACACGAGCUCUCGGUUUCCAAUAUCUCUGGAUCGACGCUCUUUGUAUCAUCCAAGACAACAAAGCAGACUGGGAGCAAGAAGCCGUGAACAUGGGCCAAGUGUACCGGGGCGCUGCAGUUACCAUAGUCGCCGCCGCGGCAACAACAUCCAACGAAGGCUUCCUCAGCUGGAAUUCCCGCGCUUGGACCUUCCAAGAACAACACCUCUCAACGCGCGCCCUCUACUUCGGCACGCACGUCACGCAUUUCCAAUGUCAACGUGAGAUGGACCCAAUGCGAAUCAGGUCUGACCAGCGGCUGCAGUCUAUCUAUGAUGCCUGGUUCGACAUGGUGCAGGACUACUCUGCUCGCGUUCUCACAGUUGCCAGCGACAAGAUCCCUGCGGUUUCAAGCAUGGCAAACGGUGUUAUGGAUGCCUUGAGAGCGUCUGGUUGCGAAGACGAGCUCCAUGCUGGCUUGUGGAAGGGUGACAUCGUCCGCGGAUUGCUUUGGAAAGGGAAGUACGACGUUAUUGACACAGAGAGCUUGUCCAGGCCAGCUGUAUACCGCGCCCCUUCCUGGUCAUGGGUCUCCUGCGAAGGACAGGUGCAUUGGCCAGCACGCUGGGCUGAAGUCCGGUCGGAGUGUGAGGUGUUGGGCGUUGAAACAGCGGUUGAAAAUGCAACAGGACAGGUUUCGGGUGGAAAAAUUACACUUACUGGAAAGAUGCGUCGCGUU